AUGGCUAUCAAAUCGGUUGCUAUAAUAGGUGGUGGUCCCUCGGGGCUAAUUACUUUGGAUGCUUUGAUCUCUGAACAGAAGUUCGAUGUGAUCAGACUUUUUGAGCGUCGAAGCGAAGCAGGAGGUAGCUUUUCAUAUCAAGCCAAUCCACCUGAAAAGUUAAAGAAUAUAAAGGCACUCAGUGAAAGAAAAGCAUUCCAGCAUGACCCGGUCCCGUCUGAGUUACCAGCGUAUGUGCCCAAGUCAGCUACUCAAAGGUUUAUGGAUACUGCAACCUAUUCAUAUCUUGAAAGUAACGUGGAAGCUAGUGUGAUGGAAUUUUCAAAAGAACGAUUUCCAGAGGCUCUGAGUUCAAGAUCGAUUAAGAAAUACGGUAAAGAUACUCCAUUCAGGCAUAACACCCAAAUAAAACAAUGGGUUCAAGAUUUAUAUAAGAGAAAAGGGCACGACGACCAUAUUGAGUUCAAUACGUCUGUUGAAUUGAUUGAAAAAAAUGAAAAUUACACUUUAACAUUGAGAAGAUUUGGAAUAAAUUCGGAUUAUGUUUGGCAAGAGCAUUUUGAUGCUGUUGUGGUUGCAAGCGGGCAUUACGAUGUUCCCUAUGUACCAGAUAUUCCUGGGUUGGAUGACUUCAUGGCAAUUCCACGUACAGAGACUAUACAUUCUAAAGCCUUCAGAACCAGAGAGCAAUUUCGUAACAAGAAAACUGUAGUUGUUGGAGCUUCGAUUUCUGCUAUGGAUGCAGUACAAGAUAUUGUUGGAGUUGCUAAAAGCCCGAUAAUUUCUGCCAGAAGAUCAGAUACUCCGAAUAUUUAUUUCGGGGACCAUGCAUUUAAUCACCCUCAGGUAAUAAGAACGAGAGAAGUUGACAAAAUAAAUGGCCAAACCGUACAUUUCAAAGAUGGCCAAAUCAUUGAUGACGUUGAUGCAAUUAUUUUUGGUACUGGGUUUUCUUACGCUUAUCCCUUUUUACCAAAUUUAAAUUUAACUGGGAAUAAGGUUAACGGGUUGUAUCAGCUAAUUUUCAAGAUUGACGAACCUAGAAUUGCGUUUGUUGGUGCAAUAACAGCUGGGUUUACAUUCAAAGCAUUUGAAUGGCAAGCAGUGUACGUCGCCAGGGUUUUCGCUGAACGGGCACAAUUACCUAGUAUCAAAGAUCAAAAUCAAUGGGUCGAGGAAAGACUUAAGAGAAAAGGUGAAGGUCCGGAUUACAGCUCUCUUGCACCGGAUUUUGAAGAAUAUUUUGAAACUGUUAGAAAACUCGCUGGAGAAGAAGGACCUGGAAGACGAUUACCCAAAUGGAAUGCUAGGUGGGAAUCUGAUUUUUGGAGAGGCCAUCAAAGAAGGAUCGGAUACUGGAUUGAAAAUAAUAAUAAACCUUCACACCAUGUAGACGAAUUGAAUUUACUUAAGUUAGAAACAGUUUAA